GCCCUGGACAGCACACGGACGGUUGAUCUCGCUCCUCGAAUGGAUUAGCUUAUCGCUGGUAUACGGAGAGCAGAGAGGCCCGCCUUCACCAUGAGCGCAUUCUCUCCCGACUCAUUCACGACCAAAGCGCUAGGCACCCGCGACACUGCACGGUUCCUGCCCCGAUUCACGCGUCACAAGGGUACUCCCAUGUGCCUGCAGAGCCCCCCACACUGUGAGACCAUACCGCCAUAGCAUACCAACACCAGCCUUGUUCGCACCCGUCCCCAUUCCUCCACCACCACCGACUGCGCGCAAAAGAUGAUGGACACGACGGAUCGCGGCAGCAUAUACGAGCACGACAUUCCGUCUCUGAGCGCCUCACUCGAGGCCUUCGACCCAGAGCGCAGCAUGCACUCGGCCUACAGCGGCCGCUCCAACAUGCAUUCGUCGCGCUGGAGCGUGCCCCAGGACGACGUCGACUCCGAGACCGAGUCGGACGGCCCAUGGGCGCCCCCAGCCUGGCAGAAGUCCCAAUCGAGCAACCACUGGUACAGGAAGUCGCUGCUGGGCGAGAGCGCAAUGCGCAACAGCCCCUCCAAGUCGCCCUUUGAGUACCGCACCGACCGCGACGUGACGCCUUCGCGCAUACCGCUGCCAGAGUCGCCCUACAAGAUGACGCCGCGCACAAGCCCAGAACCCAUACCCGAGGAGGAACAGCGAUACAUGUCCAACAACAUUGCGUCGCGCCUGCAGAGCCCAUGCGAAGACCCUCAGGCGAGCGCGGGCGCAUUGCACGGAACUGAAUCAACCGUGUCGCAACACGAUGAGGGGCCAGUAGAGGGGUUCAUGCGCUUUGCUUACAGAGGAGAAGCCAAGUUCCGCACUGCGCCCAUUGAAGACACCAUAUCUACCGUCGCGUCUGGCCUUCACAUCUUUACGAGGUCGCGCGCAAACGUCAUCUUCACGGUCGCGACCGUCUUCUUAUCUUAUCUCUUGCUGCAGCCCUGGCAAGCUAGUCUCAUUCCGGAUGUCGCGAAUGUCGCCAACAUGGCCAAGCAAUUCGAGCCGCUGCUUUAUGCUUCGGAAAGUGUUAUCCCCCGGUCGCGCGAGUUGGCUGAUGCUAGUAUCGCAGUCCAAGACCUGGGGGAGAGCGUGCGCGCGACAAACAUGUCGGCGUCGUCUGUCAUCAUCGACCAGCUCGACGACUUGGGCGAUAGCCUCAAAAUCCUAUCAGAAAAGAUUACCAGUUUCUUCACCAAUGUAGAUGGCGAUAUGGACUCCAUCCUCAUAACCAUGGAAUGGGCAAAGCGCGAAUUGCAAAGCAUCCAAGGCCCUAAAAUAGGCAUGAUCGACACCGUCAUCGAUAACGUGCAUGGCGGCCUAAGUAAAAUCGGUCUUCUAGAACGCAACGACGGGUCCCCAACAGCUAUUGGUCAUGUUGUAAACGAUAUCCUGGGCCACACCACUCAACAGCGGAGCAAAGCCACUCUACAACGGACAUUUGACUACCUGUUGUCUACGCUUGAAGAAAACAUUGCCAACGAACUUGCGCGCGCAGACGUGCUUUUCCAGCUCUUUGAAUCCGUAGACCGCCAAUUCCACAACCUGCAUCGCUCCGUUGCCAAGGAAGAAGACAGUCUUGCCAAUCGCAAAGACGAGUUCCUAGCCAGCAUGUGGCGACAAACCAUCAACAACAAGAUGAAGAUUAAAAAGUACGAAAAAAACCUCAAGCUGCUGAAAGAUGUCCGGGCGUCGACAUUGAUUAACAAGUCGGAACUCAAAGUUCACAUUCAAAUUAUACAUUCGGUGAGGGAUCAGUUGGAUAAAGCCAGGAAGAAUUUGAUUAGUCCGUUGAUUCGCGCGGCGCAGAGUAAUAGCUUUGGAAUUGAUCAGCAGCUUAGUGAUCUUACGGGCACGUAUAGUUUUCUCAAGACGCUGAGGGAUGAUCAGAAGAAGAAGGUUAGGCAGCAGAUGUGGGGGGAGCCGAAGAAACGCAUUGCUAUUACUGCUGGGGGUAAGGAGGAGAUUGAAGAUGGUGAGGAGAGCGAGUGAGAAGGAAACAUUCUUUGGUUUUUUUCCUAGGCUUAUCUUCUUUCGUCUCGCGCUCUCUCUCUCUUCACCUGGCGGCGUUUUUUUCUUCUACUUUUGCAUAGCGAAACUUGAGCUUGGCUACUGCUGCUACUUCUUCUGAUCGUUCUAGCAUGGCGAAAUGGUUAGACAAAGGAGGAGUGGGGUGCUUACUACACAGACACACAUGCAUCAACGAGAUGCUGGGCGUAUUGGAUGGGACUCAUGUACCGGCAUUGAUGCCUUGAUAUUUUUUUGUAAGGCGAAGAGGGAUUGGAUGGAAUAGGGACGGGAUUGGCAACACAAUGGCGUUUGAGUAGCGAUGUAUUCGCAUUAUGUAACUAGGAACUCAAUUCAAUUAUAAAGUUAAAACAUGGUUGAAGUGCCGGUCAUAACCGUAACUUCGGAUACGU